AUGUGUAUUAGUGGUGGGGUGUGGUGGCGACGACAGGCAGGUAGAACAAAUAAAAUAAUGGAUGAAAAGAAGACUUCGUCACCAUCUUUGUUAUUCCAAUGUUUACCAAUAAAUUUUAAAAAAUCAAAUAAAAAAUCGAUUAGUAGUAAUUCUCCUAUUAACAGUCCACCUACUUCACCUUCAGCAUCACCUUCUCCUUCUCUUAUACCAGCAGCAACUAAAAGUAAUAGUAGUAGUAGUAGUAAUAAUGGUUCAAUUGGAUUAUUAAGAAGUAAUAGUAGUAAAUUAAAGUUAACUCAUCAUCAUCAUCAUAAUCAUAGUAGUCGUGAUAAAAAAGAUCAUCAUAGUCACGAACAAUUAUCAAGUGAAAGAGCUGGUGAUUCAACUACUUUUAAUACACUGUCUCAUCACUAUCAUCAUAGUCAUAGUCAACAACAAUAUCAUCAUACUCAUGAAUAUGAUCAAAGUAAUCAUAACAACAACAAAAAGAGUGAAUUUAAAUGUAAAUCAUGUCAUUAUCAAUUUGAUCAAGGUGAAACAAGACUAGUUUGUGUUGAAUGUAAAGAUUUAUCACUUUGUAAAGAUUGCCAUCAAAGUAAUGAUAAACCAUCAUUACAUCAAGAUGGUUUGGCUAAAUUUCCUCACCAAUUUACAAAAGAAACUAUGAAUCAAAAAGAUUAUUGUAUACCAGGUAAAACACUUUAUGAUUCAUUGAGUCAAUCAUUUAAACAAUUUAAAGAUAGAAGAUGUUAUGGAAAUAGAGAAAUGAAUCAUACUACUACUACUACUAGUGGAGAAUUGAAUGAUUAUUAUACAUGGAUAAAUUAUGGACAAGUAUAUGAACAAUCAUUGAUGGUUGGUAAUGGAUUGUGUCAUUUUAUAGAUACACGAUCAUUUUUGGCCGUUUGUGCAAUCAAUUGUAUGGAAUGGAAUAUUAUAGAUAUUGCAUGUGUUUGGCACGGUAUUCGAGUGAUUCCAAUACAUCACCAAGCUUCAAAAGAUUCGAUUAGUGAGAUUAUGGAUAACUCUGAUGCUAAUAGUAUAGUCAUUACAAAUGAUCUAAUGGAUAAACUAUCAGAAUUGAUCCAUGAAGGUCGGUUACCACAAUUACAAGUAAUCAUUGUUUUGGACAAGGGAAAACAAUCACCUCGAUUUCAAGAAUUGAUUCAAGCACUUCCCAAUCAUAUAGAAGUUACCAAUUAUUUGGAAAUGGUAGAGAUUGGUCAAACUCUUCCUCUACGUCCUCAUACUCCAUUUACAGGUGAAGAGUUGGCUACUCUAGGUUACACUUCUGGUAGUACUGGUGGACCUAAAGGUGUCAUUUUAUAUGACCGACAAUUCAACUAUAACAUCACCUCUACACCUGUUUUAAAUUACCCCUCCUAUUCACUGUCAUUUCAAACAAUGGCACAUGCUCAACGUAGACUAGAUCUUAGAACUAUAUUUGCUGGUGGUGCUAUUGGUUUCAUGUCUGGUGGUAUUGAUACCCUAUUCCAAGAUAUUCAAAUAUUAAAUCCAAAUACUAUUUGGGGGUGUACCAAAAGAGUUGAAACAUUUUUAACAUUUGGAUCAUUUCUUGGAGAAAAUGUUAAAUCAUUUAUAACAGAGAGUUGGCCACAUGUACCACUGAUGGAUGUUUAUGGGUUUUCAGAGGAUAUUGAUUUUGGUAUUUCAAUCAAUGGACAAUUAAAACCAAAUGUAGAAUAUCGUUUGGAAGCAGUACCAGAAUUUAAUUAUUAUCCUACCGAUCUUCCUUUUGGACGAGGUGAGCUUUGUGUCAAAAAACCAACUCUCUCUAGUGGUUAUUAUAAAAAUGAUGUUGCUACAAGUCAAAGUUUUAUUGAUGGUUGGUAUAAAACUGGUGACAUUGUUGAGGUUAAUCCAGAUACUCGUAAAUUAAAAAUUAUUGAUAGAAAAAAACAUACUUUUAAACUUUCUUCUGGUUUAUUUAUUACACCAGAACCAUUAGAAAAUAAUUUUAAUGGAUCAAAAUUUAUUAAAGAUAUUUUAAUUUAUGGUGAUAUUGAAAAAACUUAUUUGGUUGCUAUUAUUAAACCAUAUGAAAAAUAUCUAAUUGAAGAAAAAGAAGAUUUAAAAAAGAAAAUAUACAGUGAUAUUCUUUCAAUUGCAAAAGAAAAGAAAUUGGCAAAUUAUGAAUUACCAAAAUUAAUUGAAUUGGAUUGUAAUUUACAAGAUUGGAGUCAUCAAAAUGGUUUACUUACUCCUUCUGGUAAAAAAUGUCGUUUUAAAUUAAUUCAACAUUAUAAAUCAACAAUUGAAGAACUAUAUGCUGCAAGUGCAUCUGAAAUAUCAACUAUUAUGAAAUCUGUCCUACAAUUUGAUAAUGAUGAUGAAUCUUUAUCAUUUACUCAACUUGGGGGAGAUUCAAUCUCUGCUAUUAAAUUAAGUAAUAUGAUUAAAGAAACUAUAAAUGUUGAUAUUCCAACAUCUUUUAUAUUAAACAAAGAAAAUAGUUUAGAAAAAAUUACAAAUUUAAUUAAUAAUAAGAAUAAUACUUCAUCCUCUUCUAUAUCUUUGGUAAAUUGGGAAGAAGAAAUGAAAUUGGAGGAAGAAAUUCAAAUUUUAUCAAAAAAGAUAAAUACUAAACAAGUUGAAUCAAUAUUUUUAACUGGAUCAACUGGAUAUCUUGGAUCUCACCUUUUAUAUCAAUUAUUAAUGAAUGAAAGAAUUGAUAAAAUUUAUUGUCUUGUUAGAAAGGUUGGAUUCACAUCUAAUAAUCUACUAGAUCAUCUCAAUACCAAAUAUAAAUUAAAUAUCAAUGGUAUUGAAUCAUCACGUAUAAUAAUAGUUUAUGGUGAUUUAUCAUUACCUAGAUUUGGUUUAAAUCAAGAUCUAUUUAUUGAUUUGGCAAAUUCAAUAGAUUUAAUCAUUCAUAAUGGUGCAAUGGUCAAUUUAAUUGUUCCAUAUGCAAAUACAAAAGCAACAAAUGUAGAUGCAACCAAAGAGAUUUUAAAAUUGGCAAUUGCUGGUCAGCAUCUCUUGCCCAUUUCCUAUGUUUCUACAAUUGGUGUCUUUUCAGCCUCUGAGGAAGAUCAAGGGUCUGAAAGAUCAGAGACUAAAGAGAUUACAGAGAAAACAGUACCAUCAUUGUCACAUCUCUCUCAACUCAAUGGAUAUAGACAAAGCAAGUUGGUAGCAGAACAAAUCAUUAAAGAGGCAUCCAAGAGAGGUUUCCCAAUCAUCAUGCAUCGUCCAAGUAUCAUUUAUGCUGAUUCUACUACUGGUAUCGAUAAUGAACAUGAUCUAAUUAGAAUGAUCAUUCGAGGUUUAUUAUAUAUGGGUUCAUAUCCAACUUCUGAUCAUCAAUUUAAUUUGGUUCCAGUUGAUUGGACUUCAAAGGUAAUUGUAAAUCUUAGUCUAAAAGAGGAUGAAUCUUUUUCUUCUUCUUCUUCACUUUUAAUUUACCAUCCAAUUAAUGAAACAUUGGUUUCAUUACAAUCAUUUGGUGAAUUGAUAAAUCAACAAGAAAUGAAAGAAAUGAAAAAAAUAUCAUGGGAAGAAUGGAUUAAAGAUUUAAAUGAAACAAAUGAAUCAAAUCCUCUUUAUCCUUUAAAAUCAAUAUUCAACAGACAGCAACAAGAUGAAAAUGCAAUUUCUGAUUACCUUGCACUUUCAAAAAAGAAAUUUUCUUGUCCAUUUACAAAUCAAUCACUCCUCUCUAUCAAUUUAAAUCCAUGUCAACCUAUUUCAAAUCAAAUCAUUAUUAAUAAUUUAAAUUAUCUAAAUCAUUCAAAAUAA